AAACAUCGAUGCAUCGAUAUUUCCAUCUAUGUUUCGCCACCUCUAUUCUCCACCUAUACCGCAUUAGCGUUUCGGGAGAAAAAGUGCACAAAAACCGCUGUUUUCCAGUGCAGUUAGUCAAGCUGAUUGGUGAAAACUUGUGGCGCGAACUGCGACGCAAAAAACCAGGCAUCUAGAGGAGCAACUGAAGCUUGAAAUCGAAGGAAAUGUCCAACUCGGAGAAGAUGCAGGGCCAGGAGCACGACGAGGAGCAGUCCUCCGACUUAGAGGAGUCUGCCGAUAAUGUGGCCCGUGAUGAGGGCACGGACGAGGACGAGGACAGCAACGGAAACAUGCAGCAGGAGGAUGGAGAUGGGGAUGGUGAUGGCGAUGGCGAUGGGGACAACGAUGGCGACGGCCAGGAGCAGUCCGGCGACGAGGAGCAGAACAACAGCCAGGGCAACGAGGGCAACAACUGCUCCGGGCAGCAGCAGCAGCUCCAGCAGCAAAUCGACCGCACCAGCGCCACCAACCUGAUCAUCAACUACUUGCCGCAGGACAUGACCGACCGCGAGCUGUACAACCUCUUCAGCGGCUGCGGUCCCAUCAACACAUGCAAGAUAAUGCGCGACUUCAAGACCGGAUAUAGCUUCGGCUACGGCUUCGUCGACUACAAAACGGAGUCGGACUCGGAAGACGCCAUCCAGAAGUUGAACGGCUUCUAUGUGCGCAACAAGCGUUUAAAGGUCUCCUAUGCCCGACCUGGUGGGCAGUCCAUCAAGGAUACCAACCUGUACGUUAUCAACCUGUCGCGGAACAUCAACGACGACAUGCUUGACCGCAUCUUCUCGCCCUUCGGCCUCAUUGUACAGCGCAACAUCCUGCGGGACAAGCUCACCGGACGUCCGCGCGGCGUCGCUUUUGUACGCUACAACAAGCGCGAGGAAGCUCAGGAGGCGAUCAAGGCCCUAAACAACACGGUGCCGGAGGGCGGAUCCCAGCCAAUCUGGGUGCGCCUCGCCGAGGAGCACGGCAAGGCCAAGGCGGCCCAGUUUAUGUCCCAGAUCGGAGGUGGUAACGGUGCUGGUGGUGGAGGCGGUGGUCCGCCGCAUAUGGGUCCCAAUGGGCCGAUGCAGUCCCCGCAUCACCACAAUAACCACCAUCACAACAACCACCAUAAUCCGCAUAUGCCGCCGCAUCACCAUCAGCCACAACAUCCCCACCAGCAUCCGCAUCACCAUCCGCCGCUGCACCAUAUGCAGCACCACCAUCCCAACAAUCACAACAACAAUCACCACAAUAACCAUCUUAACAACAACAACAACAACAACCACCACAACAUGGGUGGUCCGCAUCCGCACCACAUGCAGCAGAUGCAUCCGAUGGGCAUGAACAUGGGCAUGGGCGUAAACAUGGGAAUGGGCAUGGGCAUGGGCAUGCCCAUCCACGGAGGCGGCGGCGGUGGAGGCGGUGGUGGUGGCUUCCACCACAUGGCGCACAGAGGUAGAUCUAAUAGAACAACACGAUCUCAAAAACCGCAUCCAUAUAACCAUGCACAGAAAUUUAUUUAAACGCCAUUAAUUUCUUUACACGAUAUUAGCUGCAUCUCACAGGUGAAGUGUUCAUGCUGCCAUUGCCGAUUUGCAGCCUAUUCCCCAACCAGCCGCAACUUAUAGGCAAUGGCACUUGCCACAGCUCCAACAAGAACAAGAAGCAGAGCAACUGCAUCAGCAGAUUCAGUACGAACCACCGCUCGUAAGCCACCAUCAGAACAACCAGAUAUUCCCCGACUACCUAGGGCCGCUUAACUUUCCGGUCGCCACCUAUCCAUCAACCGCCUCCUCCUCCUCUUCUCUGCCAGCCACAAUCACGGCCUACCCGGCAGCGUUGGCCCUUUCCGUUCCCGUUUCUGACACGGCAAUGGUCGUACCCAUAUCCCAGUUUUCGGAGAUAGCUCUAGCUCCACCCGUCUUAGUUUCAGUUGCCGUUCCCAUUUCCAUUCCUGUUACCAUCCCUACUCCUUCCCUGCCAAUCCCCAUGGAGGAAGCACAUCCUGAAGUGGCAGUGAGUGGCGGUUGCAUGAGUUUCUACAACAUAAACGAAGACCUGGUCAACUCGGUCACCUACUACGACACGGCCAACGGCGAGAUGUGCGCCAUGGGGCUGGUUUACGUGAGCUACCAGGAGCCGACAAUGCCAGAGGAGGAGCACUCGGAUGCCAUGACUCUGAUUGCCCAGAUGAGCAAUGCAUCGCUGGCAGAUGAAGACGGCGCAGAAGGCGGGGCAGAUGGACAGUUCGGCGGACAUAGUGGUGGUAGCUCCGAAUAAUUCGAGCAAAAUCGGAAAAAACAUUAAGAAAUAGACCACAUCCAGAUUCAAUAGUAGCCAUUUCUCUCGCUCUCUCUCUAUGUGUAUGUAUGUAUGUUGUAACCUGUAUAUGUAUAUCCAUGUCAGAGACCUAGGAUUGGUAAAAUAAAAACAUACUGGCCAGGAAUAGCAAAUCCAAGCAUUGGCAGCAGGAGGCGAACAAGAGAUGCACGGCAGGCUUGAGCAGAACAGAAAGAACACUAUCACAGAUUUUAGGAAAAGUUGAUGAUGCGUAGCGUGUAAUAAGAUGUAAGAAAUAAUGUUCCAAAGUACACACAAUCCCCAACACUUACAUAAAGACGGUCGGAGUCGAAUCCUUGAUGAUCGAUUUGAUGAUUUCGCGAUGAAAGAUGCACUACAAUGCGAAUUUCUAAGCAAAUUAAGAAAAAUUCCAAUGAAUAUUUGUAUGAAGAGCAUACAAACCCAAGCAAAACAAGCAGCAAUUCAGCACGGAGAAAAGAAAGCAAACAAUACAGAAACUUAACUAACUUAACCCAAGAGUACGGCGACACUGAGACACGGACGGAUAUACGGAGACAACGGACAGUGGACGGCUUGCGCUGAGUAGAUGGUUAAUUUGUAGAAUUUUAAGGAAACCACAGCAAGAACAAGGGUUCGUUCGCGGCACUUGCUUUUUACUACAUAAUAAUAAAUUAUUAAUGUAUAACCAAGAACCCAAAUACACAACACUCUACACUAAA